AUGACAUCUCUCACUGACGACGCCGGCGAAGCGUUUAGCAAUGCUUUAAGUCAAUGGUCCGAUGCUGGAAAUCCCCAACGCUAUGGCAUAGGAUACAGGACUAGGCAACUUCUAAAAACGAGCCCAACAGUGGGAACUACCGGGUCUGCAUACUUACACCCCGAAUGUAUAUUUCUGAACUCACCUCAGAAUUACAAACAGACACACACACAAACACACACACAAACACACACUCACACAUGGCUCAAGCCAGAUUUUUUGGCACCGUCUAUAACUGCAUUCGCGUCCGUGUCUCCUAAGCUCCUGCAAGUCCAUUCCUUGCCUGAGGUCGAACUAGCCUUUAAGCUGGCUUCCGAGCGCGAUUCCAGAUCUUGUCACACCGAAGGACUGGCUGAUCCAGCGGAUCCAGUCCUUGAGUGCACAUACCUUCUGGCAUUGAUGGAUGGAGUAGUCGACCGCAUUCCAGCCACUCUCUCUUCCUUGAUCUACAAUUGGACUCAGUCUCCCAGCGAGAACACUACCUCUCACGCCAUUCGUCAUUUGAGAUUAGGAAAAAUAUCUUCGAAAUGGCCGAAAAAAUACCUCCAAAUGAGCCAGACCGUCAGCAGGCCCAGCCGUUUUUGUUUCUCUUCGUAUCUACAAUGUUGGAAGAUGUGUCUGGCUGAGGCGACCGAGUCGGUCAUGACACUCGCUGCUUUCGCAGCUCUUCCGCCUGCGGUUGCUCGACCUUCUGUGGGCAAAAGGAGGCUGUGUGGAAUCGCAGAAACGCCUAAAAUCGGGCGCAUGUGGGAGGGUUGA